GUAGUAUAUAAACCGUAAACAGUGUUAUUCAACGCAAAGUAUCUUCUCUGCUUUAAGGGACAGUCCUUUAUAAACCGUAAGUGUCAUUCGACAAAAGUACCUUCUCUGCUUUCAGGAGCAUCCGCCUUUUAUUCACUUGAUAUAUCGAUAAUGCUGAUUCAAUAUCUUUCAAUUGUCAUUCUGGUGUUCCAGACAUGUCUGGCCAGUCCCUUCAGUUUGAAACCUAAAAUCACUGACGGUAAAGAUGCUACACCGGGUGAAUUUCCUUAUCAGAUAUCUAUUCACUCGGAAGAUAAAUCGCUUGAUAUUCCAUUCCAUCAUAGCUGUGGAGGUUCAAUUUUGAACGAAUAUUACGUUUUGACUGCCGCACACUGUGUUAAUUUCGUCAGGGAAUUUAAAGUCUUCGCUGGCAAGCAUCAUAUUUUUAGAAAUGAAGAUACUCAACAAAAAGUUGAAAUCGAAAAAAUCAUCAUUCAUCCACAAUAUAAGAGAGAAUUUUCUACUCAAUAUGAUAUCGCUCUCUUGAAAUUGAAAACUCCCCUUAUUUUCAACAAGAGAGUAUCCGCUGUCACUUUACCUCAACGGAACGAGAUACGAACUGGAAAUGCUGUGCUUUCUGGAUGGGGUUCCGUCUCAAAAAUAUUUAACGUGCAACUUCCUGAAGUUCUUCAAAAAGCUACUGUUCCAUUGUUGGACAAUCAAUCUUGUCUGAAAAAACUUCCGAAUAGUAUCAAAACAAAAUUCUAUGAUACACAAAUCUGCACUGCUUUUGAAGAAAUAUCCGUUUGCUUUGGUGAUUCUGGCGGUCCACUAGUCCAAUUAGAAAACAAUACUUAUGUUCAAAUCGGUAUUGUUUCAUGGGGUUUUUAUCCAUGCGGUAUAAAAGGCCUUCCUUCUGUCUACACCCGCGUAGCUUCUUACGUUGAUUGGAUUAACGAUAUUAUUAAUGUCGAUGAUUAUUUAUAUUAUUCACGGAUUUGCGGAGAUUACGAUGGAUUAUCAUUCAGAGAGAUAUUCAACGAAAUGAGCAUAAAAUGCAGCCAAUUCACUGGAUUGGCAUCAAUCGACAAGAUGUUUCCCAAAGCAAUCGUGUUCUUUGCUUUCCUAACGGUAGCUUUCGCUAGUCCGGCAGUAUUUCAAAGACCUCAUGUCGGUUUUCGAAUACCACCAAUCUCGCCACAAAUAGUCGGAGGCUCCGAGGCUCCAAAACAUUAUUAUCCAUUCACUGCUUCUCUUCAGCAAUAUGAUAGUCAUUUUUGCGCUGCAUCCAUCUUGAAUAAUCAGUGGGUCGUAACCGCAGCACAUUGCGUUCAAGCAGCAAGUUCCUUCACUGUCAAGGCUGGAAAGCACAACAUUCAAGAUACUGAGGAUACCGAACAAAUAGCUCAAGUUGCACAGACAUUUGUGCAUGAACAAUAUCAAGGUAAUGUCGGCCCAUAUGAUAUUGGUUUGAUCAAGCUUCAAACUCCAUUAGUAUUCACAAAAGAAGUACAACCCAUCGCAUUGCCAGAACCUGGAAGUAUCCCGACCGGAGAUGCAAUACUUAUCGGAUGGGGCUCUACUUCGGAAAGCUGGAUUCCAAACAUGCCAAACGAACUUCAACAUAUUGAUUUGCACUACCUCGAUCUUCAAACUUGUCACGACAAUGUUGAGCGCCUCACAGGAUCAUCUCCCGUCCAUGAGACCAAUGUCUGUACUGGACCAACUACCGGCGGAAUCUCUGCAUGCAGCGGUGAUUCUGGCGGACCUUUAAUCUCGAAUGAACAGAAGCCGGUGCUCACUGGAAUAGUGUCUUGGGGUAUUAUUCCGUGUGGUACUCCUGGUGCGCCAUCCGUAUACACUGGAGUCUCCAACUAUAAUGCUUGGAUUCAAGAAAUAAUGGAUAAAAAUUAAGCAUAAUUAUUGACGAUUUAUUAAUGAUUAUUGAUAAUGAAUUAUUGU